AUGGAUGUGGACAGAGAUAUUUGUUUUACUAAUUCACUUACACAGCACACCAGCAAAGCAUCGUUUAAUCCGAGAAUUGGUUUCACUCUGAGGGAUCUCACACUUAGAGACAGUGGAUACUAUAAAUGCCUGGUAGAACAGGGCGAAGAGAAACACGAGGUCAAUUAUCAUUUGGCGGUGGUUCGCAACCAAACGUUGAACGAGCCACAAAUUAUAGAUGACAAUUUGCGUCACGUAAUACGAGGAAAACCUUUACACGUAAUCUGUACCACGGAAGUUGACGCAGACAUGCAAUACGUGUUCAAUUGGACUAUACCGCAGCAGACCAGCAGCAGAAUAACACAACAUUCCUAUAGUAAAAAAAUGGGUGCAAUUCUACGAGCUAAUAACGAAUUGAUCAUACAAGAUGUGAGGGAUGAGGAUGAAGGCUGGUACGAAUGCAGAAUCGCAAGUUUUUACGACAUUAAGACAACGAAAAAAUUCAUCAAGGUUCAUGAUCCAGAGAACAAAUUUAUCAACCUAACAGCUCAGGAUAACGACAGACAUUAUCAACGUGGAGAAGGUGAUAAAGUACAGUGGGUUGUAUACGUGGAUGCUUAUCCAGACCCCAAAUUGAAAUGGUUAAAUACGAAGGGGGAGGAGAUUAUAGCAAGUUGGGAUUUUGCGGAAAAGGUGAAAUAUGCGAUAAAGUCGACGACCUCCUCGUCGAUUUUAAGGAUAAAUCAUUUAAACAUCGACGAUAUGGGAGAAUAUUCUCUUCAGGCCUCUAAUGCUGAUAGAAUCGAGAUGCUGAACUUUACGCUAGAUGUAUUAGUGAAACCUGUACCAAUGUUAAAGGUGGACUCUUAUUACACUCCCAAUCAGCAAGCAGAAAUAUCCUGUGAUGUAGCAACGUUUCCAUCACCAACCAUCAGGUGGACUUUCGUGAAAUGUCCUUAUUAUCCCUCUCAUGAAGACGCGGACAGCAUAGAGUUAACGAACACAAAAGAAAGCGGAAUGAGUACCAGGUUCCGUUCGACUGUGACUAUGACCAUCGAAAUGAGCGGCGAUCUUACUUGCACAGCGUGCAACAUUAUCGGAUGCGAAUCUCAAACGGAAACCAUUUUGGUCUCUGAUGGUAAGGGUGGUUUCGGUAUAAUUGAGCCGACACAGCCAUUGACCGAGGGUGACGAUUUGGAACUAAUAUGCGCAGCAUCUAUUUACAAUUACACGAAUAACUUUCAAUGGAAAUACGAAAAUAAUACUCCCAUCGAACAUAGUAAUAGAUUAACGAUCGACGAGACGAAGACUCGAUUCACUUAUCGUUCUAUUUUGAAAAUAAAGAAUAUAACGAAAGCAGAUUCGACAACUUACACGUGUAGUAACAAGGAAGAAAUGGACUAUUUUUUAAACGUGCGUGACUCAAAACCACCUUACUUCAAGGAAAGAAAUAUGUAUAAAAAUGAAACCGUGAUCGAUUUAGACACACAAGGCCACGAAACGAUAAUACUCAAAUGUGUUGUGGGUGGAAUGCCUAAACCAAAUGUUGCUUGGUACAAGGAUAAUAAAGCAAUAAACAAGACUGAUCAAUAUUUUUGUAUCUAUGACAAUCAAGAGUUGCAUAUAAAGUAUUUACGAGAAACUGACAGUGGAAAAUUCUCGUGUCGAGUAAACAAUCGUUUUGGAAGCAUUGAAGACUACAUUAUAAUAACUGUAAAAGGAAAGGCUCUCCCUAAAGAGAUGAUCAUAUUAAUCGUCAUCCUGUUGAUCACAGUUAUAAUUAUACUGAUUUAUUUUACAAUCAAAGUCCGUCGCGAAAAGAUAAUGAGAAAAGAGUUAAUGGAAGCAGGACUGAUGCAUUUCGAGGAAGGAGCAGUGGAAUGCUUGAAUCCAGAUUUGACUGUAGACGACCAGGCAGAGUUGCUUCCUUACGACAAAAAGUGGGAAUUCCCAAGGGAAAAAUUGAAAUUGGGAAAAAAAUUGGGAAGCGGUGCUUUCGGUGUUGUCAUGAAAGCAGAAGCGCAAGGAAUUUGUGAGAAUGAGUUACUUACUACUGUUGCCGUAAAAAUGGUUCGUCGCACAACGGACCCGACAUAUGUUCGCGCGCUUGCCAGCGAACUGAAGAUUAUGGUGCAUCUUGGAAGACAUUUAAACGUAGUUAAUCUUCUUGGUGCUUGCACGAAAAACAUUUCUAAACGUGAAUUGUUAGUAAUCGUUGAAUACUGCCGAUUUGGAAAUUUACACAACUAUUUACUACGGCAUAGGGCCGAUUUUAUUAACCAAAUCGACCCAGCCACCGGCAAAUUUGAUCCCAAUAUCGGUAUCGAUCUCUUAACCAGAUCUGUCAGCAUUAGCAGUAACAACAGUCUUAGCGGUACCAAUUCUGGCACUGAUUCGGUGCACUAUCAAGCCGGUACUAUGGAUUCUCAGGGUGUUAGUAUGUCACCAGACGGUUGUGUUCUUAGUAACAAUUCAUCCCAACCGGGAUGGAGAUCCAACUAUCGUGGCGAUUACAAAGAUCAAAAUUUGAAACCGAUCUGUACCCAAGAUUUGUUGUCCUGGGCGUUUCAAGUGGCACGUGGAAUGGAGUAUCUUAGUCAAAGAAAGGUGCUGCACGGUGAUUUAGCAGCUAGAAACAUCUUGUUAGCCGAAGAGAAUGUGGUGAAGAUCUGUGAUUUUGGUCUGGCGAAAACCAUGUACAAAGACAAUAAUUAUAAAAAAAAAGGCGAUGGCCCAUUGCCUAUAAAGUGGAUGGCUAUCGAAUCGAUCAGGGAUCGAAUUUUCUCCACGCAAUCGGAUAUUUGGUCAUUUGGCAUAGUUUUAUGGGAGUUUUUCACGCUGGCUGAAACACCGUAUCCUGGAAUGGAAGCUGAAAAACAGUACCAAAGACUUAUCGAAGGAUAUAGAAUGGAACAGCCUGAACACGCCACUUCUGAAGUGUAUGAUAUAAUGCUACAAUGUUGGAAGGCCAAGCCCACUUUACGUCCGAGUUUCACAGAAUUGGUCAAGAGCAUAGGCGUUUUGUUGGAAGAAAGUGUGAGGGCGCACUACAUCAGUUUAAACGACCCCUACUUGGACAUGAACACGACAAUGCUAGAAGAUGGCCGUAGUGAUUACCUAACAAUGCUCUCUGCACCCGAUCACACAACACUGUCUUCACCAUCUCACGAGUACUCGAACAUGCCUGUCUCUAGUCCGCCUGAUUCAGCAUACCUGUGCAUGAGUCCCGCCAGCCAGAGGGACGAAUCGGGCAUAUUCAGCCCGAGGCGACAGGAGGAAAAAUCACAUUUCGAGUUUCCAUCGCCUACCUCCGAUUCGGAGGACGCGGUGGAAAUAUCACCGAUGUUAAAGAAAGAAGGAGACGACGAUCCGUAUUUGAAGCCCAUCAAUGUGCAGAAACGAAGGGCAGAGUUCGUUCAACAAAGACUGACGGCUAAGGAUCAACCGUUGGGUCGACCUAUCGACAGGGACUCUGGUUACUGCAACACCCCGCGUCAUCUUCAGUUGAUUGAUCUAAACGAGAAGAGUGAGAAAAAUUCAAAGAACACGGAGGAUAAGGAGAGAUCGAAUAAUGAGAGCCCAGUGUUGAAGGACUUUCUGCCGGCCAUCAUCAGAACGCAGGAUAAUUAUGUGAACAUGCCGAAGCAGAAAAGUGACUUGAGGACAGACGUGCCAGAUAGCUUCAGCAAUCCCAGUUACGUGUUGAUGACUAAUCAUGCAAUGGAUCAGACGAAAGUCUGAGCCUGUGCAUGAACAGAGAUUGGCUAUAAUUAUUCUGGAGUGGUGGUUAACUAAAGGAAAAUCUCUGUUUCAGGCGGGCUCUCGUCGAGUGACGUGAAAAUGUCAGAAAA